AUGGCCGUCUCGCAGUCAACCGUCCAAAUCUUAACGGAGCGACAUGAAGCCCAGAAGCAAGCGCCGUUUCGCCAUGACCAGCCCAUGAUUGGCCCUCCGGAUUGUUCUUGGGCGAGCAUCCGACGACCACGGUUGAGAGCCUGUCCUCUUCCGCACAGCUUCAUCUGGCGCGAAAAGCUCGGCUACGGCUUAGACGGGACAGUGUGGAAAGUCGAGGUCAACGGCCGGCCCUAUGCCCUCAAAGUGUUCUGGGAUCAUAAACCGCCGGGCGGAACUCGAUACUGGGCUUUCCAGAGAGAAUGCCAAAUAUCCGCCCUCCUCCAGACGAUCCGAGCCGCCGUCGAAAACUCAGCGGAGCCCGUAUACCUCAAGAAGGAGCCCAAGACGUGGAAAGACGCCGUUCGAAACCUCUACUCCUUCUCCAACGAGGGUCGCCUCAAGCCAAAGAUGCGAGAUGCCGCCAACUCCAUCUCCCUCACAACAUCCUCUUUCCCCCGGAUCAGAGAGUGUUAUGGAUGGCUCACCAUCAGCGGCGCAGAGCUCUCCGGUCUAGGCCCCAAGCUCUGGCCCACAGGUGUCGUGCUGGAUCGCGUCAAACGCCAAAUGUCGCCCUACGAGGAAUACUUUGCUAUUCUUUACGAAUUCAUACCUCCCCAAGACGAUACCAAUGCCGCUGUGGAUAUAAGACGGGCUAUGCAGGCGCAAAUUGACUUGUUUUGGCGAGCUGGCCUAUGUAUGACGAUCAAGAGGAGCGAGAACUGGAAGCAAGGAAUUUUACUGGAUAUGGCAGAUCUUGUUUCCCCCUGGCAUGUGGAGUGGAAUCGCUUUCUUUACGAUGGAUAUGCAGCCGAUUUUUGCGAUGGCUUUUGA